CAGACCUUGAGCGAUCGGUAGGUGUUCCCAAAGAGGAAAUCUGCCGUCCAUUAGUUUUCAUGUAGGCGGAGAAGGCUGAUAGUGGUGGGGGUGUUAGGGCAAAAGUUGGUUUGGGUUUGGGUUGGGUGACUUUGCCAUCUCCCGUUUUUGGUGGGCGAGGGCGAGGGACCAUGCCAUGCCAUGCCAUGUCCAAUUCGCUUAUUCUUUUUCACGAUGGGCGCUGCCUCUCCUCACACGCCUCAGAUCGGACCAACUAAAGUCAAUCACAAUCAUGGCGUUCGUCAACACUUUCUGGGUGGAUCGCCCAGCCAGCUCACCCAUUAUUAUCAUAUCCCUACAUCUGCGCUCCAAUCAGGCAAGAAAAGGGCAGUUUGAAAAACAACCUAUUUUUAUAGUAGAGUGGCGAUCCACACUGAAAAAUGCCAUCCGUGAUCUUCCACGUUCGAUUGAGAAGUCCCAGCUAGUCGGACAUUUCAUCUGUUUAUUCCUUCCUCCACAAUAGGCCUAGAGGAGUGUUUCACGACGAGAGAAAAACGCCCGGGAUGCAUUUACCACAACGAGAAAGAGCAACAAAAGAAUAAAAAAGGCAGUUGAGAACAUCUAAUCGCUGCGAAUAUGAGUGAUCAGGCCCGUCAAGAGCAGUUUCGCCAGCAAACUGAGAGGCUCGAAGAGGUGUGUGGGUUUCGUGUCCCCCAUUUUUCCCAGUAUUUUACCUUCCUUUUCCAGUGGCUGGGACAUGAAGUCUGGGAUAUGAAAAAUCCGUACUUAUCAAAUACUCUUCUACUCAGUUUCGUCGACGCAACCAAGAACAACAGAAUGAGCAAUUUGAUUUCUCUGGAGGACAUGGCUCUGGCGGCAGUACCAUGAGGGCGAAUGUGGGUUUGAAUCCCGGAUACCAGCCUGUAAAGGACGCCCUCAUUCCUCAGCAUAUAUAUUCCCCAAGUGGCUAUGAUAUACUUUCUAUUCUUGUGAGUGUUUCCCUCUUAGCGAUUUUGAACCAACCAUUACCUACUAUUUUCCAAUAUUUUAUUGGAUAGGAGCUGUCUGCCGAUCCCCACUGCCCUUUUCUUUUUUUCGUCGGUGUUACGCCACUUUCACUUGCUUGUCCAUGUAACAUGACUGACCGGCGUAAUUCGACCUCUUUAGAUGUGUGUCCGCGGUCGUCCAAAUCCCGUCAUUCAGCUAGGCAACGUCGAUACAUCCGUAGCCCUCGUUCUCUGCGAUGCCGAAAAAUCCGAUUGUCCCAUAGUAUACUGCUCCGAGUACUUCGAGCGACUGACAGGAUAUUGUCAAAACGAGAUCCUCGGCAAGAAUUGUCGUUUCCUCCAGAUACCACCCCAGGACAUGAAAGCGACGUUACGGCUUAGUAUCAUCAUCGAGAAUGAACGGGCCCUGAAAUUAUUCCGCGAGAAGCUGAAGCAGGGACUGGAGGCGCAGGUGACGUUGGUCAACUUUCGGAAGGACGGAAAUAUGUUUGUGAAUAUAUUGACAACCAUACCUAUUAAGAUGAAAGCGGAUGGCGAGACGGGGCCGGAUAGGAGAUAUGUAGUGGGUUUCCAGGUCGAUAAAGAGAAGGGCUUAUUCGGGAAGCACUGAUUUGCUAUGAGGCUGUCGUUAAUCGUUGUUUCGGAGUGGGAGGUUUAUUUUUGUAAGUAUGAUACCCACUUUUUCAGAGCCUCUUUCCUAGUUCCAGCUUGGAAUUUGAUCCGACAUGGACAGU